AUGUUUCACAAAUUGAACGUGGAGGGGGCAGCUGUAGUCACAGUGGAGGGCAUCGGCAGCACGCGGGGGAGGCUGCAUCCGGUGCAGGCGGCUCUGUCCUCCUCACACGGCUCGCAGUGUGGUUUCUGCACGCCUGGGUUUGUCAUGUCCAUCGCUGCUGCCACGGUCAGCAGCAGCAGCAGCAAGGAUAGAAGCAGGGCCGUGUGGUUUCGGCCAAUCACGCUGCGCCAGCUGUUGGCGCUACGAGAAGCGUUUCCUGCAGCCAAGGUGGUGGCGGGGAACACGGAGGUCGGCGUGGAGAUGCGGUUCAAGGGGCUCAGACCUCCAGCCUACAUCCACGUGGCAGCCAUCCCUGCGCUCUCAGAAAUUGGCCAAUCAGAGCGCGGCAUCACUAUCGGGGCAGCAGCCUCACUGUCCGCCCUGCGCCAAGCCAUGCUGGCAGUAGUGGGGAGUGUGGCAGAUCACAAGACAGCUGUGUGUGCUGCUAUAGCGGAACAACUGAGGUGGUUCGCAGGAGUGCAGAUUCGCAACGUGGCAACGCUAGCUGGUAACAUCGUUACAGCGAGCCCCAUAUCCGACCUCAACCCCAUCCUCAUCGCUGCCAACGCGACGUUCCACCUCGCCAGGCUGGCACCCAAGGCCGCUGACGUGGCAGAUGCUGACAUGGCAGCAAGUGCUGACGUGGUCAAGGCCGAGCGAUCCUCCCGUCCAAUCGAGCUACGACAGGUGGCGGCACGGGAUUUCUUCAAGGGGUACCGGAAGGUGGAUCUGAGGGAGGGGGAGGUCUUUACAGCAGUGUUUAUUCCAUGGACUCGUCCCAACGAGCACACGGUGGCAUACAAGCAGGCACACCGCAAGGAUGACGACAUUGCUCUCGUGAAUGCCGCCCUGCGCGUGCUGCUCUCCCCUCCCAACCGAGACGCCCCUCCCUCAGUUCUCGAGUGCUCGCUCGUAUUCGGAGGCGUGGCAGCAACAACAGUAUCAGCCCACCGCACGCAGCAACACCUGCUCGGCCGCUCCUGGACUCAAGAAACCCUUCAGGUGGCGCUUCAGGUGCUUCAGGAGGAGAUAUGCAUACCUGAGAACGCACCUGGCGGCAUGCCUGAGUUCAGGGGAUCCCUCGUUCUCUCCUUCUUCUUCAAGUUCUUUCUGCUUGUGGCCCACCGUGUGAAUUGUCAGUCGCAGCAGCAGCUGCCAGGGAAAAUGGAAACGGGGGCAGAGGGAGGGGCAGAGGCAGAGGGAGGGGCAGGAGCAGGCUCGGAAGGAGAGAGCACCCUCACAACCACCAGCACCACAACCAACGCCAGCAGCAGCAGCAGCAACGAUGCAGCUUCCGUGUGGCCGCCCCCCUCCUACCUGUCCGCUUUGGACUCUCUCCCUCGCCCCUAUCCCCGCGGCAUGCAAGCAUGGGAGGCCAGACCCCUGGCAGAGGGCGCUGCUACUGGCUCUGGGAGUGAGGGAGGAGGAGGGGAGGCAGGGGCGGUGGUGGGGGUGCCGGCCGUUCACCUCUCUGCUGACUUGCAGGUGACAGGAGAGGCGGAAUACGCAGACGACACGCCUCUCCCCCCCUCUGCCCUGCAUGGCGCUCUUGUCCUCAGCACACGCCCCCACGCUCGCAUUCUCUCCAUCGACCAAUCAGAGGCCGCCACCUGUCCGGGCUUUGUGGGGAUGUUUGGAGCCAAGGAUGUGCCCGGUAGCAACCGGUUUGGUGCGGUGGAGCACGAUGAGGAGGUGUUUGCUUCGGAGAUUGUCCACUGUGUGGGGCAGAUCAUUGCAGUGGUUGUUGCCGACACUCACGACCACGCUCGGGCAGCUGCAAAUAAGGUCAAAGUGGUCUACGAGGAUCUGCCCGCCAUUCUCACCAUCCAGGAAGCCCUUGCUUCGGGCAGCUUUCACAAAUUCCCGUUCUCGGGCGGGCAGACCGAAAGAAACCUCCUCAGGGUCCCAAACCCCCCUGUGAAAACCGAUCAAGAAAACGCCUCAGAAGAGAACAACAAAGUCAAAUCCUCCCCGUCCGAUUCAGCAAGCAUCCAAGUGCUCGCCGCCCGGACCGGGUCCUCCGUCUCCCCUGCUGACGUGGAAUCCGUCCUGGCUGACGUGUCCCAAUGCCCAUUGGUACUUGAAGGCGAGGUGGCGAUGGGAGGGCAGGAGCACUUCUAUCUUGAACCCAACACCUGCGUGGUUUGGCCUGUGGACGGGGGGAGGGAAGUCCAUAUGGUGUGCUCCACCCAAGCACCCACACACCACCAGAAGGAUGUCGCUGCUGUGCUGGGGAUUCCCAUGCACAGGGUGGUUUCGCGGGUGAAGCGGCUGGGAGGGGGGUUUGGGGGGAAGGAGACGCGGAGCGUGCUGGUGGCGGCGGCGGCGUGUGUGCCGGCGUGGCGGUUGAAUAGAGCUGUGCGGAUCACAUUGGAUAGGGAUGAUGAUAUGAAGGUCACGGGGCAGCGACACCCUUUUUACGGCAAGUUCAAGGUGGGCUUCACCCCUUCAGGUCAUCUCGUGGCCCUGCAAGUCCUGCUCGUGUCGAACGCCGGCUGCACGCUCGAUCUCUCAGCAGCAGUCCUCGAGCGAGCUCUCUUCCACUGUGACUCGGCCUACUCAGCACCGCACAUGCAUGCCCGGGGGCGCAUGGCUCGCACGCACCUGCCCUCCAACACAGCCUUCCGGGGGUUCGGCGGGCCGCAGGGGAUGAUGGUGAUGGAGAGUGCUAUUGACCACGUGGCGAGGACUGUUGGGAAGAGCCCGGAAGAAAUUAGGUUUCUGAACCUCCAACCAGAGGGCUACACCCUCCACUUCGGCCAGCCUCUAACGCACAACCCGAUGCACCGAAUCUGGACGCAGCUGCUCCACUCCUCCUCCUUUGAAUCCCGCCGAACCAACAUCGACACAUACAACUCGACAAGCCGGUGGCGAAAGAAAGGCCUCGCGAUGAUCCCCACCAAGUUUGGCAUUUCGUUUACUGCCAAGUUUCUGAACCAGGGCGGGGCGCUGGUGCAUGUGUAUACGGACGGAACGGUGCUGGUGACACACGGAGGGGUGGAGAUGGGUCAGGGGCUGCACACCAAGUGUGCUCAGAUUGCUGCUCAGACCUUGGGAGUGCCGCUGUCAAAUGUGUUCAUAUCUGAAACUAGCACUGAUAAGGUACCCAACACCUCUCCCACGGCCGCAUCAGCAUCGUCAGACAUCUACGGACGGGCGGUUUUGGAAGCUUGUGAGGAGAUCAAGCGUCGGAUGGAGCCAAUCAGGCAGCAGUACCCUGAGGAGACGUUCGGGCAGAUUGCCGAUCGAUGCUACAGAGAACGCAUAAACCUGUCAGCGCAGGGAUUCUUUGCCACCCCCAACAUCGAAUUCGACUGGGCAACAGCCUCCGGCUCCCCCUUCGCCUACUUCACGUUCGGAGCAGCGGUGGCAGAGGUGGUGGUAGAUGUGCUGACUGGGGAGUGGGUGGCACCGCGAGUUGAUGUUCUCAUGGAUGUGGGGCGGUCACUCAACCCAGCCAUUGACAUUGGACAGAUAGAGGGGGCGUUUGUACAAGGAAUGGGGUGGUCGGUGAUUGAGGAGAGCAAGUGGGGUGACAGCGCUCACCCAUGGGUAGCGCCUGGCUCGCUCUUCACGUGUGGGCCCGGCACGUACAAGAUCCCUGCCGCUUCUGAUAUUCCCACAGACUUGCGAGUCACUCUGCUGGCUGACUCCCCCAAUCCACACGCAGUGCUCUCAUCCAAAGCGGUCGGCGAGCCGCCCUUCUUCCUCGGCUCAUCCGUCAUGUGGGCCAUAAAAGACGCCAUCUACGCCGCCCGGAAGGACGCUGGCCACACUGGCUUCUUUCGUCUCGACUCUCCCGCCACCCCAGAGAGAAUUCGUCUGGCGUGUGUUGAUCAGCUUACAGAGCCCUUCUGUGGCCCAAAUGUCGUGUCACGGCUCAGCGUGUAA